UCGCGUACAACGCGCUUGUGUGUGCCUUUGUCCCUCCGACUCUCCUAUCGAAUCAACCUCCUCGACCCGAUUAACCAGACUCUGACAAUCACCUUAUUUACGAUUCCUUGUGACUCUUCCCUCCCCUUCCCAGAACGUAUCGCGAUAAGCCUCUGCGACCUUUCCGUUGCGAGUUGAGCUCAUCCCUGAGCUCCUCCGCUGGCGAGCAGGAAACUGCCCCAGCCAACUUGCUAGCACCCCCCUAUGCCCGGUUCGUCUACCCGCGAUACCUCCCCGGCCUCGUCCUCCUCCGCGGGGGGAAAGAGUCGUAGUAAACGAAAACAGAAGCUUACUGGAAGUGAUGCGCCAGGUUCAAAGAAGAAGGAAAAGAAUGUCAAGGAAAGCGGCGGAGUUGUCGCAGCGGUGACAAGACAUGGAGCUAAGUUUACUAAUGGCGGUAUCGCCAAAGAUGCCUCGCCGCCCUUCGACUUUCCCCUGGCCCAGUCUCCCGAAUUGAAGCCCGCCACCCCCGCAACGAUCCCUACGAACGGUAAUGCGGCAGCCUCUCCAUUGCUAGAUGCGGUUUCGACAACGUCGGUGUCCGCUAGCACGGCGCCGAGCGCUACCGAAUGGGCGAGGGCUAUGGGACCUUUUGCCGGAUCACCCUCAAACCUGAUAAGCAUCAUGGGCGACUCCCCGCCUACCCAACCCUCCUCAUACGAGGACCAGCGGGCGUUACCGUAUGCUUGGAGUGCGCAACAACGGCAGCAGUUUGCGAAUGGCAACGCUUAUUCGGCGUCCCCUCCAAACAGCAUCAGACGACCUCUGAGCUUCCAGUUAGAGUCGCACUACCCUACGAAUGAUAUACGUUCUCAAGCGUCAUCGCCUCCCGGGGUGCGGAGAAGCUCGAUGCACUCUCCCUUUCCUGCUCCGAGAAUCGGGUCUCACCCGCCUUUGCCUCACCAGCCUCAAGCCCACUUUUACGGAGCGCCGGACAUCGACUUCGAUCUGAAUGCCAAGGCAGGCUUGAAACCGGGUGAGAGGGGCUUCUAUUUUGGCUUCGAUACUCUCCCGACCUCUGACGGAAUUCACUUGCCGGGUGGCGACAACGUCGUGCUUACGGGCUACGAAGGCGGCAUUGACAUCUACAGCGUUUCAAAACAUGCCGUAGAGCCACUCGCUAGCUUGAGAGGGCUGCGUGGUGGAGUUUACAAUGCCAAGAUCCUCCCUUGGAACGACGUCCAGGAUCCGCAUGGCAUAUUCCCUCUGAUUGCUCUUGUUAUCCAUGGGCCGGUGGUGCCUCCGAGUGCUCCCGAGAUAGCCGUUGACCCGCGUUCCGACGGGUCCCCUAGUCCCAGAUUGGAAGGCAUCCAUACACCUCAGUCGGACGGUAACCAGCGGCAGGUCAGUGUUGGCAAAACGCUACCGGUGGUUGACGCCUACCAAACUACGGUCGAGGUGUAUUCCUUGUCGACGAACAGGUUAGUCGACGUGCUUUUGCAAGCACCGAAGACUCCCAUCAAGACUUCGGUGUCGAACCCCAUCUUCCGAAGCCCUCCGCCGGCCGGUGCCUUUCAGAUCCGCGCCGAUGCCGGGAGUAUCGUGGUGUCUUCCGGUGCCACCGGAGAGUGCUGGAUUUUUCGACAGGCAAAGUUUGAGCAAGAACCUGGGUAUCAGUUCUGCUGCGUAGGCAAAUUGUGGACAAGCUUGAAUGGCGAUUCGACGCCUGAGCAGGAGAUGAGCCCGGGCCAGCUUCCUACCGGCAGGCGCCCGCAGAUGCCCAUCAUAUCGCUGAGCGGCAGAUGGUUGGCGUACUGCCCACCGGCGCCCUCACCUCAAAAGUCGCUCAAUCCGUCCAUCCCUGUGCCUCUGGAAGGCAAAGUACCCGGCUUAACAACGCUUGCCCCCCCUAUCCUGCCAAAUGAGAGCGCCGACGUCGAUCAGCCUAUGCCUGACGGCGUAGUGAACCGUAUCAUGAGAGAAACCACCCAGGACUUACUCCAGGGGGCCCGAUGGGUUGGGAAGCAGUCGGCUCAGCUCUGGAAGAACUACUGGUCUAAGCCCGGUCAGCAAGCACAACCCCGACAGCCUCAGAUGGGCUCUCCACCAUGGAGCGGAGGAUACUCGGGAAGAUCCGACGCUGCUCAGUUUCCGCCAACCUACGGGAUACCGGGUCAGGCGGUGACCAAGGAGCCGGGCCUCGUGUCAAUCUUGGACUUGCAAAGCCUUACGAGUUCGACCACGAUCCACCAUGUCAGUACGUUCAAGGCGCCGCUUGGCUGUAGCUUCUUGUCAUUCUCGCCGACUGGCCUGUCUCUCUUCACAGCGAGCAGCAAGGGUGACGUCCAGACGGUUUGGGAUCUGAUGCGUAUUCAAUACACCAAGUCCUCCGCCCUGCAGAAUUCGCAGCUGAAUAACGGACACACGACGCGAGUAAGGCAAGUCGCUCAGUUUUCACGGAUGACCGUCGCUCGGAUCGUCGACGUUUCGUGGGCGAAGCCAAAUGGAGAGCGAGCCGCGAUGGUGACGGAGAGAGGUACCGUGCAUUUGUUGGACAUGCCAUCGAGUGCUUACACCUGGCCCCCUCCCCGCCGUCGCGUAAGAGUCGAAGACGGGUCGCCUAAAAGUUCCGAAAAUGCACAAUCGGCAGUCUCGCUAGCGUCAAACGCCAUCAGCUCUGCUUACGGGGCUACACGGACUUUGACCUCCCGUCACCAGCGCAGCAUCUCAAACUCGCACACCACAUCCACCAUAAUGGACCGUGCCGGUUACGGAGGCAAGGUGCUUGCCGCGGGAAUUAGUCAUUCUCUGGGUAAUGCCGGGACAGCCAUCAACCAGCUGCGCCAUACUGGCGAGAACCGCGUCAGCCUCCCGCCGGGAAGUAUGUUGCCCGGACCGUUCUGCGCGACGUGGAUCACCGGCAAGAAAUACCAUACCUUGUUCGUGCUGGGGGAUGGCCUAGUGAGGACUUUUCCGGGCAAGAGUCGAAGGCCAACCAUCGCGAAAGACAAGCCUCGUCUGCACCAUACCAAUAGAUAUAGGGAUUUCAAACUGAGGAGCCUCCCAGACGAUCUCAUCGCGCCUUCUAUCAAACAGAUCAUCGAUCCCAUCGAAGACCUUGACAUUACCAACCAGGAGCACGAGGGUGGGAACACGUUGGUUUUCAAUCCUCGACCUCAAUCGAUCGAUUCCGAUUACAGCCCGGAGGCUUCUAUCCCGCAAGCUGAGAUAGAGUCUAGCGCGCCCUACCAGCCAUUCCAUACCGAUAGAAGAGUGGGUCUAUACGUAUACGCGGAGGAUAUGUCAACUUCCGUAUCGCACCUUCUGGCCGCUACAACAUUGGAAGACAAGUCGAGACGCGCCGGACGUCGCCAAGCCCCAGCUACGUCGGAGCAGCCGUGGGCGUUCGGGCAGACCGUGAGCGGUGUCAUCGUGAAUGCGGGAUUGGCGAAUUUGAUCGAUGAGGACAUUAGCAACAGUAUCGACGACCACCGAGCCUUGCCUGCGUCGGCUAUGGAACGAGUACUGCAAGUCGGUGAGCACGACGAACAGAUCGUCGUUACUACCAGACGACGCAGGGGUGGGAACAGAUCUACAGACGCUGACGAAGACGGAUUCUUCGAGGAUGAUUGCGAAGUGCUUGAUUUUGCGGACCAGAGAGUUUGAGACACAUGCCGAAUUUUGAGUUAACUCUGGGUUACUGGAACAGGCGUCUUGGUUCAACACGAAGUUGGAUGCUCAGACUGCGCAAACGUCAGCAAGAGGCCGGCAACAAGGCUCUCUUGCGACUAGACAUCCUAUAAGACCCUCGCUUGAUCAGGCUUGUGAAUUUUUUUGG